UCUGUUACCAUUCAAACUUCUUAAAGACUGUCAGUAUCAGGUGAUGUUAAUAUCGAACGGGAGCACGACUGACGAAACCAUCGGACGAUACUAUUCGAAAUCGCAUGAUACAUGACUUGUCGAAAAUCCAAUUAAAGGUAGCCAUCUUUAUUAUAUGCGAACCAAUAUCAACACGGCUUGACCUGUAUACAUACGAAUUACGAUAGGGCGAGGUGACCUGCUUUCCUGACCGACAUUUUGACAGUAAACAAUACUGUAUCGAAACUCGCUGUGUAAGAUUCCAAACAUAGAUUAAAAGUAGCUGAUAAAAAAGUAUCUGUUGGAAACCAAAAAAAACUAACAACCUUGGAGUCAUAUCCAACAUAUCUGUGCAUUGAGUUGGAACUACUGAAGGUGCUGGUGACUGGUACACCAAAAACAAGAUAUUGACCAUGAGUCAGCUCAGUAAAGUGGACACUGCUUUCCGUAGUGUAAUCGUCUAUAAGUUCUUUAAGAAUGGAUGGGGAGCACCAGAGAAUCUCAAAAAGAUAUUUGAUUUUCGCAAGAAGAUGUCUAACAGGGAUACUUGUAAAUACAUGGUGAACAUGUCACUGGACACAGUUACUAUUGACAAGGAGGAAGAGAAAAAAGGCAUGAAGACCAUAGAAGGCCAUUUUAUGUCACCGUUUCAGAGACACUUGCCUGGAGUUAUGCCAGAGGAAGUUAGAACGGCUAGAUUCAAGAUGAUUCUUCCUAAGAACUGGCAGUCAGAAAAAUACAAGCCUGUCUGUAUACAACUGGCUGGUACAGGUGACCAUGGCUUCAAAACUAGAGAAGACAAGAUGGCGAUGCCGCUGUUGGAGAAAGGCAUUGCCUCCAUCCUGUUGGAAAACCCUUAUUAUGGCACUAGAAAACCAAAGAAGCAAACCCGGUCCUUCCUGCUACAUGUUAAUGAUCUGUUUGUGAUGGGGGCAGGACUGACCCUGGAGUCCCUCGUCCUCCUAAACUGGUGUGAGAGUAAAGGGUACGGACCUCUGGGAAUCACCGGCAUCUCCAUGGGCGGACACAUGGCAUGUUUAGCGGGCACUAACUGGCACAAGCCUCUUGUUCUGGUUCCGUGUCUGUCCUGGACCACAGCUUCCUCUGUCUACACCAGGGGAGUUCUGAGGAAUGGAAUCAAUUGGAAGAAGCUUGAAUCCCAAUACAAAGAUGAAUCCGAAUACAAAGGACUGGUUGACCUGCUUUGUGCACCAGAUAUGUGGGAUACAUCGGCUUAUUCAGAAGGACGCAAAGCUGUGUUUGAUAUAGAAAAUCCUGAGGACCUUAAAAGGGGAUAUGAAAUGGCUGCAAAUUACGUGUUAAACAACCAUUCUCCUCCGAAACAAGAGAGCAAACCGUUGGAUAGUGAGGAACAAGCCAACGUGUCUGAAGAUCUUGGUAUUUGGAGAAGUAAAAUUCUACCAGCUGUUUCAUCCAUUAAAACACCUGAUAUCAACCUGGAGCCCUUAUAUCAGUCUAUCAGUGGUAAGUGGAUGGAAAUCGGCAAAAGAGACGAGGCAGCGUUAGGUUUCAUGAUUGGUGUCAUGGAUGAGUGCACACAUCUUGGACAUUAUACAAAACCGGUGGACCAGAGCCUUAUCACAAUAGUGACAGCAAAACAUGAUGGCUACAUUCCCCGAGAUGAUGUGUUAGGCUUGGAUAAGAUCUGGCCUGGAGCCGAGGUUCGUUACCUAGAAGGAGGACAUGUUGAAGCCUAUAUCCGCCAUAAAGGAGUUUUCAUCAAAGCAAUAUCUGAUGCAUUUGAGAGAAGUAGAGAGAAGUACCACAGUUGACAGCGUGCUCCUAGUCGACAUGUUGCAGGAAAACACCGUGUAAUCAGCUGACGUCAUAUUGAGUGGGAUCAUGAUUUGUAAUGUCAAACAAUUAAUUUUUAGAUGAUAUUCCUGACCAGCACAUCACAUACAAUGCAGAUUGUUAUGUUUAUAUUUUUAACAACAGUGGUUACCUGAAGUUUUUUACUGUUUUUUAUUAUGAAAAAAGUGAGGAAGAUUUUGAGUAUUUGACAAUAACUGAAAUGAGUUAAUGGAGAUUUGUUAUUAUAUGGUAAUUAUGUAGAACUUGUUGAUUUCUCCUUGGUUGUAUAAAUAUGGAUGUCCAUACAUACUCAGAUUUACAUUACUUAAAGUAAGAUAAUGAGUCCAACUGCAGGUUAAAUGAAUAACGUCCACAAUUUUUUUCAUUUUUUUUUUAAAAGGAAAAAGCCUUUGAGCAUAUAAUGAAAAGAAAGUUAAUAAUUAAAAAUGGUACAAGGGAUAUAAUUUUCUAUCCUGAGAUCUAAGCACAAAACCGUAUAAAAAAAUAAGAGAUAAUGUAAAUACAAUAUACUCUGUUUUAUUUGUCCUAUAUAAAUAGUACAAAACUACCCCCAGCGUCUUUAUGAAAACAGGUCUGUCUUUUAAUAAUAAAUUACAUGAAGAUGUAAAGACAUGCAUACAUAGAGAAAUUUAACGUGUGAAGAGGACUGUGUUAUACUGAAUGUGUAUGAUUGUGAUUUUGUUGUUCACUAAACGUGUGAGAAUGUUAUUGUGCUGUUCACUAAACGUGUGAGAAUGAUAUUGUGUUAUUCACUAAACGUGUGAGAAUGUUAUUUUGCUGUUCACUAAACAUGUGAGAAUGAUAUUGUGUUGUUCGCUAAACAUGUGAGAAUGAUAUUGUGUUAUUCACUAAACGUGUGAGAAUGUUAUUGUGCUGUUCACUAAACGUGUGAGAAUGUUAUUGUAUUGUUCACUAAACAUGUGAGAAUGUUAUUGUGUUGUUCACUAAACGUGUGUGCUUGAGAUUUUGUUGUUCACUGAACAUGUGUGAUCGAGAUUGUGUUGUACACUGAACAUGUGUGAUCGAGAUUGUGUUGUACACUGAACAUGUGUGAUCGAGAUUGUGUUGUCAAGUGAACAUGUGUGAUCGAGAUUGUGUUGUUCACUGAACAUGUGUGAUCAAGAUUGUGUUGUACACUGAACAUGUGUGAUCGAGAUUGUGUUGUACACUGAACAUGUGUGAUCGGAAUUGUGUUGUACACUGAACAUGUGUGAUCGGGAUUGUAUUGUACACUGAACAUGUGUGAUUGAGAUUGUAUUGUACACUGAACAUGUGUGAUUGAGAUUGUAUUGUACACUGAACAUGGGUGAUCGGGAUUGUGUUGUACACUGAACAUGUGUGAUUGAGAUUGUGUUGUACACUGAACAUGUGUGAUCGGGAUUGUGUUGUACACUGAACAUGUGUGAUCGGGAUUGUGUUGUACACUGAACAUGUGUGAUCGGGAUUGUGUUGUACACUGAACAUGUGUGAUCGGGAUUGUGUUGUACACUGAACAUGUGUGAUCGGGAUUGUGUUGUACACUGAACAUGUGUGAUCGGGAUUGUGUUGUACACUGAACAUGUGUGAUCGGGAUUGUGUUGUACACUGAACAUGUGUGAUCGGGAUUGUGUUGUACACUGAACAUGUGUGAUCGGGAUUGUGUUGUACACUGAACAUGUGUGAUCGGGAUUGUGUUGUACACUGAACAUGUGUGAUCGGGAUUGUGUUGUACACUGAACAUGUGUGAUCGGGAUUGUGUUGUACACUGAACAUGUGUGAUCGGGAUUGUGUUGUACACUGAACAUGUGUGAUCAGGAUUGUGUUGUACACUGAACAUGUGUGAUCAGGAUUGUGUUGUACAGUGAACAUGUGUGAUUGAGAUUGUGUUGUACACUGAACAUGUGUGAUCGGGAUUGUGUUGUACAUUUUAACACCUUGUGUAUACAAGUAUACAAGUUGUCGAUACUAUUUACAAUGUUACCGGUAUUUUACUGUUUCACUACCUCAGGGAUCCAACACUGCACCUAUUAUGUAUAUGUACAGUCAUUAUGAUAUCUAGGUUGUAGGUUCAGACUUCAUACAAGUUGUUUAGCAUUAAUAUCACGAGGUGUGGAAUGAAUGGUACCUAACGAUCACAUGUUAAUUUGUUUGUAGACUGAUUUAAAAAAAAUUAAAAAAUUGGCAAUCCCUGUUACAUGAUAUACUUCAAGGUAUAUCAACUACUGAUGUGAAAACUAACAUUUCUAGACUUAUGGAUCAACUAUAAUCUUCCCUUAUGUAAUUCAGUUCUCACAGUUUAGUUUGGGGCAGUAGAUGCUAGUACAUUUUGCAUUAAGGAUCCUUGACCCUCUGUCGGGGCAUUUACAUUGACCAGGCAGCUCAGUCGGUUAGAGUGAAAUUUUAACAAUCUGAAGUCUUUGGUUCAAAUCUCAGGUUUGCUAAAUCUUUACACUCAGAGCACUGUUGUUGGUUAUAUUUUGUUUAUAUAUUUAAGUGUGUGUGUGUGAGGUCUAGUCCAGGUCAUUCUAUUAAAAACCAUUGGGGUACAGACUUUAAUAUGUAGGCUUAUGGCAGCACGUCAUUAUUGCUGCAGAGUGCCAAAUUUUUUGUGUGAUGGUCAUCUGCCAGAUAUCUACAGUUAAUUAUACAACAUGUAGUCAUUGGAUACCACAAUGUGUUGACUCAAUCAAAUCAAACCUGUGUACCAUGUGUACAUGAUCUUGCCGUCAUAAGUCUGUGUUUAGCUCAGGAAACAGUAUGAUCCUCUGUUUUUGUGUCCUGUAGUAUUUUUCCUUUCUGUUGACAUGUAUUUGUUCAUUUUGGAUCAUUUGUGAGUGUAGAUCCUUGAGAAUUUUUUCCACUGGUAAACAUUUGUAAACAUUAUAAUGGAAGUACAUUGUUGUGUAACGUAUAAACAGGAGAAGGGUUUCUUUGUGGAGAUGAUUUUAUUCUCCUGUGUACAAAUAAUAAUAAUUAUUGAGGUUCUUAUAUACCGCUUUAUCAAAACCUAGAUUGUAGGUCAUCUCAUAGCGAACAGUACAGAGGAUUACCCAUGACUCAAGGCAGGUUAUCGUGUUUAUCUCAUAUUACCAGUUUUAUUAAGUGUCUUUUUAAAAUCUUUGAAUUAACUAAUGAGUGUUAGAUAAACAUAACAGGUCAACCUUUCUUCACCAGUUCAGGGAUAUUGUCUCCCCUAUGGUUCAUGUCCUAUCCACCCAUCCUGUUAAACUUGACUCAAACCUGAGAAAUAUCACAGAAAACCAUUAAGGAUAUUUAAUAUGAUGCAAAAACUUUGUGACUUUGGAUUUUUUAUGCAGUUUUCUAGAAAUGAAGUAACUCGAAAAUUACUAUGAAACUGCAUCCAUAUGUUCGUCCCAGUGUUAAACAUGUAGACAACCUAAUUACACUGGCGGUGUUACAGAGUCUCAGCAGUGAGGAGGAAACCUGGUGUAUUGAGGAAGGCACUUGUUCACUGAUUUGUUUUAAAGAGAAAUGAUUGUUAUCACAUGUAGAUUGUAUGGGGAUAACUGUGUUGCUGGUAUUACUAUUUAUUUAUGAAGUUUAUUAUUAUUAACCAUAUUGGUUUGAUCCGGUAUUUUUCAGUGCUUUCUCAUUUGAAAUAGGUUCCUGCUAUUAAGUGUUUCAGUUUGUUGAUAUGAUUCAGGAAAUCUUAAAGUGAAAACAUGUUUAAGACAGAAUUCUGCUUUGAUCUGAACUGGUAUUUUCCCUUUGAUGGGUCUAUGGUCCAUGCAUACCUCUCUCUACUUCUAUAAAUCGUUUCCGUGAUAACACACACACACACCCCGAUAGAACACCUCUUUUUGGAUACUUUUAAGUUAGUUAAUGGAAUUAACAAAAUGCGUUUUGAAUUCAGAGUGUUCCCCAAUUUUUCUGUCUGAUGCACUGCAUUUUACCUUCUUAUGAAACUUGCACAUGAUUGUAGUGGAUAGUUGUAUUUUUGGUUUCAGUGAGUGUUUUUUUUGGAAUGUCCCUUCUCUGAUUACUCUAACAUUUUCUCAGUACUGCUUUUAACCUUCUUACCAAAUUUUUUAUGAAACUUGAUAGACUUGAUCAAAUCAUCUUUUUAUUUUUCAAUCACAGACGAAUACCGUUAUCUAGGAGCCGGCACCGUUCUCAGAGAGGCCGCUAUACAUCUAGUUAACUUUUACCUUUGUUUUGUUAUUAUGUUAACGAAUGUACUUGUGUUGUGUUCUCAUCUACAUUUACAAAUUAAGUAUUUUGAUAUCAUGCAAUGAAAUGUGGGUAGCUGCACAUGUAUUUGUAAGAGAGAAACAAUUACUACCUGUAAUAUAUAUAUACGAUUAUUGAUAAAAUCAUGAAAAUUCUUCCUAUUUAUUUUCACAAAUUGUUGAUGGUUUUGUAAUAUUAGUCCACAUAAGAUGAACUGAGUGCCAAAAUAUCACUUGAUAACUAAUAUUUUGAACAUAUUUUAGUUAUUCAUUACUAUAGUUUACCAUUUAUGAAAGUUGGCAUUAUACAGAAAGGUUAACUUACCAUUCACCCCUAAUGUCACAUUUGAACAUGACCAAAUCAAAGACUGGGUAAGUCCAGUUUAAAUAAAUAGGGGUGAAUGAAUUAAUGGAAUACUCAGUAUUACUGCAAGUGGAGAAGUGUACAAAAUUAUCUCAUCUUGGUUUGAAUCAGGUGAAUAUAUAUAAUUAACAUCCUUAAGAAAUACCCUGACUAAAAACUUAUGGAUACAUGUAUAAGCAAAGUUUUAUGUACUAAAAUGUAAUCUAUAUAAUUUCCUAGGAUUUUGAAAUAUAGCUGGUAAAACAUUUCCUGGGUACUUAGGUAGACGAUGAGUUUCUCUGUAAUACAGGAAACUCUGUUCUCACCGACAUCAACAGUAGCUAUCUGGUGUGUCAGUUAUGUCAGGGCAAAUGACAGGGAUACCAGCAUAUAUGGGCCAAACAAUAUGACAUAUUUUAUACAGGAUGUAUUGAAGGCCAGGUUACAGUUCAGUCAGUAUUCUCUGUACUAUUUCAGAUUCUGCAAGACAAAAUUUGUUAUAUAUAUUGAAACUAAUCUUUGCUGAAAUGGUUAAGAAGUUUUAUGAUAAUGAUGUGAAUUGGUGCAUGAUUGUAUAUUUCCUAUUUGCCAUAAUGUCUACUAUGCAAUGUCUAGUAACAUGGAAAUAUUUAAAAUGACCUCAGUUGUACUAAUUUGCUCCACAAAGAGUUUGUUGUGUUAAGUUUGAGAUUCAAAGAUAUAGACAUUCAGAGACUACUUGUACCAGGUUUUUUUAAUUUAUUUUUACCACAAUUGAACUUAAGCCUUUUUUGCCCUCAGAUAUGAGGAUGAAUUGACCAUCGCAGAACAUAUCCAUACACAGCAUAUAAAUAUAGUGUUAACAUGAGAAGGGGGAAGAUAAGAUUGUGCAAACAUGGAUUUUACCAGUUAACCUGCAAACUCUCCCAGUAUACUGUAUUCUAUCUGCUCUGUAAGAAUUUGACUAAGACUUGAGAACCAGUGUGCUGGCAGCAUUCCAUGGUACUGAUCUCACGAACUGAGCUUGUAUUCUGACACUGAAUCCCCUUUUGGUUGUUACUACUACUAUGUCUAUACCCUGUACAUUUGCUGUAGACUUGAUACUAUGUCUAUACCCUGUACAUGUGCUGUAGACUUGAUCCUAUGUCUAUACCCUGUACAUGUGCUGUAGAUUUACUACUAUGUCUAUACCCUGUACAUGUGCUGUAGACUUGAUACUAUGUCUAUACCCUGUACAUUUGCUGUAGACUUGAUACUAUGUCCAUACCCUGUACAUGUGCUGUAGACUUGAUCCUAUGUCUAUACCCUGUACAUGUGCUGUAGACUUGAUACUAUGUCUAUACCCUGUACAUGUGCUGUAGACUUACUACUAUGUCUAUUACCUGUACAUGUUACUUGUAGACCUGGAGAUAUAUAUGAUUAUGUAUCAUCUGUUAUAUUUGUAUUAUCAUGAUGAGAGAUACCAUAAAGUGCUUAACAAGAAA